UUUCAACGACACAGUCUGCGUGUGGAGCUUCGACUCAAGCAAAUCACGUGGUUGCAUAUUUUAGAGCCUUCAGCAAACGGAGGAGGUUCAUGUGCACAUGAUUUAUCAGUCUCCUGGUUUGGACCCCCCAGAGGACUUCAUUUCUGCAGUUCACCUGGCAGAGUCACCGUUCCAGAACACUCCACUGUCCAGUGCUGCCCACAGAAGGAAAAAGAGACAGAUAACACAAAAUCCACGGAGUGUUGCAGAUGAGACCAAAUAUAUAGAGCUGAUGGUCAUAAAUGAUCAUUUGAUGUACAAGAAACAUCGCCUUUCCGUUGGACAGACAAAUAACUACGCUAAAUCUGUUGUGAAUAUGGCUGAUCUGUACUUCAAAGAGCAAAUCAACACUAGAAUUGUCUUGGUUGCGAUGGAAACGUGGGCUGCGGACAACAGGUUUAACAUCAACGACGAUCCUAUGGUGACAUUACGAGAGUUUAUGAAGUACCGAAGAGACUUUAUUAAAGAAAAGUGUGACUCCAUUCACCUUUUCUCGGGCAACCGUUUUCAUAGUAACUGGGGAGGAGCCUCAUACAUAGGCGGAGUCUGCUCACUCACUAAAGGAGGCGGAGUCAAUGAGUAUGGAAAGACUGAAGAAAUGGCCAUAACUCUCGCCCAGUCACUGGGACAAAAUAUCGGCAUCUUUUCUGAUAAGAAACGCAUUUUAAACGGGGAGUGCAAGUGUGAAGAUAAAUGGUCUGGCUGCAUAAUGGAUGAUGUUGGCUUCUACUUACCCAAGAGAUUUUCUGACUGUAAUGUGGAAGAGUAUCAUGAUUUCCUGAACAGUGGAGGUGGUGCGUGUCUCUUCAACAAACCUUCGAAGCUUUUGGAUCCUCCAGAGUGCGGAAAUGGUUUUGUGGAGGCAGGAGAGGAGUGUGACUGUGGAAGCCCAGCCGAGUGUGCUAGAGAAGGAGAGGACUGCUGCAAGAAAUGUAUGUUGACUCAGGGAGCCAAAUGCAGUGAUGGUCUCUGUUGUAAGAACUGCCAGCUGGAGUUUAUGGGCGUACUUUGUCGUGAGGCUGUCAAUGAUUGUGACAUACCAGAAAUGUGCACUGGGAACUCCAGCCAGGUGUGCAGUAAUGAGCUCAGGUGUGUGUGUGACCUGGGCUGGGCAGGUGAGGACUGUAACUCCACCUCUCCUCUGAGUUACCUGCUGGUGCGACCCACAGCCAAAACAUCAGGCGUCAUCACUACUAACAUCAUCAUCGGGGCCAUUGCGGGCUCUAUCCUGGUCCUUGCACUGAUUCUAGGCAUUUCUGCAUGGGGAUACAAGAGCUACAGACAGCGUCAGUAUGUUGAGUCUGACGUACACAGAAGAUUCUGUCGUCAAAUGCCUCCGGGUGAUUACGUGAAGAAACCUGGAGACGCUGAUUCCCUGUACAGUGACAUGCCGCAGGGCGUGAGCUCAAACUCCGGCAGCAGCUCCAAGAAGAGAUCUAAUGGUAUGUCUCACUCCUGGAGUGAAAGAAUCCCAGAUGCCAAGCACAUCUCUGACGUCUGUGAAAACGGACGACCCAGGAGCAACUCAUGGCAAGGAAACAUCACAGGUACCCGUAAGAAGCUCAAGGGAAAGAAGUUCCGUCCUCGCUCCAACUCCACAGAGUAA